AAACAUGCCCAUUAAAUACUGGAAUUAUGUCCCUUUAUUUAGUAUUUUAGUCCAAAGAAUUUGUUUAUUUCCAUAGUAACGUCAAGUUGAUGGUUCAAAAACGGGAAAUGAUUGAAAAAUGUAGGAACUAUUCGAUUUUCCAUCAAUCAGACUGAAACAGACUGCAUUUUUUUUCUAAUCAUUACAAAAUGUGGUUAACAAAGAGCUUGACAAUAUUCUAUGUCGCGUCACAGUAGUUUUUUAAGGUUUUCUACGGAUUUUAAACUGAAAAAUGACCAGUAAUUCGUUGGUAAUAUUUUUUCAGGUUUAAAUUGAUUUAAAUAAAUGAUGAGACAAAUUAAAUAUGCCAGGAAGCAUUCGCUAGUUGGUGAACAUAGAAAAGUGCCUUUGAAUACGAUAAUUCUACCUCCGAUAACACCGCCAUUACUCGAUAAUGAGCCGCAUCUUUUGCGUACUAUCCUGGUGAAUAAACCGUCAUCGGGAUCAGUAAACAAUGAUCUGAUCCUUCCCAAGCCUCAGGAGGUUCAGAAGAUCGAGGAACCGGCCUCGAGGGCUAGCCAGGAUCAGGGCAGGAUCAGCCAGCUCGAGCAGAACAUCAGGUUCCUGCAGGAGCAGCAUCAGCUGAUGCUGGCAGGAUUGCACGGAGAAAUUGAGAAGUUGAAGCAGAGAAACAAAGAGCUUCAAUUUCAACUGGUUUUUGGAAAAGGUCCCAUUCCUUCGAGUUCACCGUCGCCAUCUUCACCCGAAGAGGAUUCCAAGCAUAAAUUGUAUACGAGUCCCAAAGUCAUAACCAACACCACCCCACUGCAAGUGGAACUCCUGGAAAAGGAAUUGGGCGAACUGAAAAUCCAGAUGCAAGAACUGGACACCAGGAACGUCUAUUUGUCCGCGAUAGUCGACGAACAAAAAAAAAAACUCGAGCGUUUCGACAGGCGUCGCGAGAAAGAGCGAGAACAGCGCGCCAACGGAAAAGGCGACGAGGUGGAGCUGCUGCGCAAGCUAGAAGACGCCGAGGCCCUGAUAAGGAGGCUACGCAGAGAGAAUUCGGAUCUGCGCAGGGAGGCGCAGGGCGGUAGCGGUUCGGCUGCGCAGCAGAACCAGGGGCACUAUCAGGAACAGCAACAACAACAGGCUCAGCAUCAUGGCAGAGAAAACAACGGUUAUUCGUCGCCCAGAGGUCAGAACCAUAGAAACGGCAGCGGUAGGGGACACAGGAGCAACAACGGACACUACAGUAGGGGAGGGUGGUUUCCGCCGCUUCAUUCGCAGAGUUUUUGGCAGGGCGGUAGACAGCACAACGACAGGUCCCACAACGGAUCCCAGGACGCCAACCUGCCAAACAUCUCCAUGAACGAUGGUAUGCCAAGCAGUCCGCCCAACCAACAACAGCCCUACCACGGUGGUCAAGGUCGCAAAGGCUCCAACAACAACCACUACCACAAUGGGGACAACGGUCGAAAAUACAGGGGAGGUCACAGCAAAAACCACAAACCCUCGUAAUGGUGAUUCUUCGACGAGAAUGAGAAGUACAACGUUAUAUUUUCGUUUUUUGCAAAGGUACCGAACAUGCGAGGUCGAGAUCGCUCAAGAACCGGGCUGUCAAAGAGGUUUUUGACAGCUCUAGAGAUGUGGGUGGUUCGCUUUGUUCAAAUGCAUAUAUAGGUCGAGAGACAAAAAUAGUUAUAAAGUGUGUCUAAAAAAAAUCUAUAGCGUCCCAGUAAGUUUGUAACUCAAAAUUUUUAGGUUCUUUGAUAUUUUCUUACUUUUAAAAUUUAUACCAUCUUGUCAGUACAAAACGAUCGAAAAAAAAACGCUGUCAAAGACGGCAAGGGAACGACAAUCGAUGAUAAUUUUGGCGAGGUCAAGCCCUGGGCGUCAUUUUUCUCUAUUUUGUAAUGACGCUUACUGUAACAGAGUUGUAAUUUAUUUUUAUAUUGAAUAAAAAUGUGUUAAUUUUUGAAAAGUUUUACGUUAAUUUUUACUCAACGACGUCUAGAGAUUGACCUCGCCAAAAUUACCAUCGAUUGCCAUUCCCCUGCCGUCUUUGACGCCGUUUUUUUUUCGAUCAUACGAUAUUAUUAUAUAGACACACACUUUAUAACAUACCAGCUGAUAUUUUAGCUUGGGAUGUAUAUAAGACAAUAUUUCUUAACGAUUUACCAUCUAUAAUUAUAUUACAGAACAAGAUAUACUGAUAUUAAUUAAAUGAGACUUAAAAUUUCUAAAUGUACCUAUCUAACUUUCAAAUAUACAGGGCUUUCUGUAGUGUUCUAAUAAAGCUCCAUAUUAAGUUUUCUAUUUGAAAUAUUUAUUAUAUUAUACAAUGUGUUUUUUACAAAACGUGGGGUAGAAUAAUAAUAUCACCAUUAUGAAAUGGAAUAUGGAAAUUUUACGAAACACUUUCGGGUAACCCUGUAUAAACUAUUCGUUAUGCAACAUAUACGGUCAUUCAAAAAUAUAUCUAUCGCUGCCAAUAAGAGCAUAUUAAAGAAUAAUCAAGCUAUGCUCGUACUCAUACUUGCUCUGUGGAGAAUAGCAAGAUUUGGAUGUUCUGUUAAAUGUUUUCAUAUAUUUAUGUAAUCACAGAAUAUUAAAUGGUAUAAUAUUAUGCUUUCAUAUUUUGAUUAAACUUUGUAUUAUUGUUCUUGAUAUUGUCCAUUUUUAAAAUAGAUAGCAAAAUUUCUGUACCUAUUUCUCCCAUCGAACAGUUCGAAAAAAAACUGCGUCACAGUAUGCUUUGAAAUGACGAUGAUUGUCAAGUCAAAGGAUACUCUAACGCUUUUUUUAGGUAUUCUAACAAACUGGGAAUACUGGAUAACCAAAAUCUUGUUGAAUUCUAGCUUAUUUAAAAAUUUAGAGAGUAUAUACUUAUAUGUGUAAACAUAACGGUGUGAUAGAAAUUACCUACUGGAACUAUUUUAAACUAUUGCUGUUUCAAAUAUAUAAAAAAAGGAUAUAGUAUAGCUGUGAUUGCACUUUCUCGUUAAGUUUUCUCGGGAUAUUGUGAAAAUUUCGAUUUUUUUCCAUAUUAAAAUGAUCUAAUAUGUAAACCAUGUGAUUUAGUCUAAUAAAGAUAUAUAAGAAA